AUGUUGCGGGAUACCAGGGCCAGUCGUCUAAGGGCUUUUGGGCAAUGGAUAACAACUUAUGAUUGGACAGCAAUCUUAAACAUCUCUGAUGUGCAAUCAAAGUUUGACCUUCUACACAGUUGCCUGAUGAAGGCAGUAAACACAUUUUUUCCUGCCAAGAAAGUUAAAAUCUCUACAUCUGAUAAACCAUGGAUUACCUCUGCAGUGAAAUCUUCGAUUGCACAGCGCCAAAAAGCUCUUGUUAAAUGGGGGAAGUCUUCUGACAACUACAAGCGGCUUCGGAAUAGAGUCCAGGAAGAGUGUUCUAAAUGUAAGAAACGUUUUUAUGAGAACAAAGUAUCUGGUCUACAAGACUCAAAUAUUUCUCGAGGUGGAUGGACAUCAAAGAUUUGGGUGGCCUUUCGGUCUCUGGUGAUUUGUCAUCUCAGCUGAUUGGGAGUGACAUACCUGAUGAAGCUACACUAGCAUUAAAGUUUAACGAGUUUCUUGGUAGCCUAACGGCACACUUUCGUCCAUUAGAGCCUCUUUUACCGGUAUUUGGGCCGGUGCCUAUGCACCUGUAUGUCUCAGAGUGUACAGUUUAUAAGACCCUACGAGCAUUAA